AUGGCUUCGACACGUACUUCGCCGCGUAACCACUCGAAAAGCAAAGACGUUGUCAUUGACAAGUCAAGCAGUCUUGAAGAGACACAAAAUCAGUUAAGCCACAAGACGUCAUGGGACAGUAACUCAGUUCGAGUUUUCCUCCAGUUGAUUGCAAAUGAGAUUAGUAAAGGAAAUCGCCCAUUCUUAGUCCUCAGCCAAGCAGGGUACAAGUCAUUGGCAAGGAAAUUUGAGAAAAAAACAGGAAAAAAACAUGGACUAAAACAGUUGAAGAAUAAGUACAUGACCUUGAAAAAAGAGUGGCAAGCGUGGACAAAGUUGAUGGAUUCAAGCAAGGGAGUGUCCGGGAUAGGCUUUGACUAUGACACCGGGUUGUUUCAGGCACCUGAUGAGUGGUGGGACAAGAUGGAAUCAAUCAACAAGGCGUGUGCGAAGUUCAGGAAAAAAACUUUGGAACACCGUGACUUGAUGGAGACGGUCUUCAUGGGGGCAUCAGCUACUGGGAAGCAUCAUUGGACCCUAGGAGAGAACCUUCCCGAACCUGCUGAGGACUCAUCUGAUUCAGUGCGUAGUUUGGGAGCCCAGCCAUUUGCUGAUUCGAUACCCGCAGAAGUACAGGACGUGGAUUAUGAUACUUCACUGGAGCAUGUUCCGAUUGAAAAGGCAAAAAGGAGAAAGACGCCAUCAACAAGUGUUUCAAAGUCGAAGAAGGGAACAAGUGGUGCGUCCGUUAUUGCGGAAAGCAUGAACAGAAUGACAGAUGUUGUGCGUUCAAAGAAUCAGCAGGUCACGGUUUCGCAUCAACGAAGACGCGAUGAAUCCCUGGGAUGGAAGCAACCAUGAUGAAAUAACGGAAAUGCUUAAUCAAAUGGCGGUCCAGGUGCAACAAGAACAGAACUGCACAUUUCUACAAGCAUGCCAAUUGGCGACA